AUGCUUCAAGGCAAAGACAUCAAAAUCUAUCAAAUAGUUGAUAAAAAGGUUAAUUCUGGUUACAUUGAGUUUUUUUUACACUAUUCUUCAGGAGAACAUGUUGGCAUUAGCACCAGUAAGUUAGAUAAAUUUUACCUUUCUUCUCUUACUAAAGUAGUGAAUGAUAUUAACAUAGUUGCUCGGGUGAUUAAGUCAACAACUGUUCAUUCUCAGCAAAAAACAACUUUUGAUGACUUUUAUUUUGAAACAAAAAGUAUCUACCUCAACCAACAAUUAGCGGGAGUGCUGGAUUGUUUAAAGUAUAAAGACUUGCGUUAUAUAUUUAUCUCUACCUCAGUUGAUAGUAGUAAAUUAGAAAUAAAAGGAGGUUCUUAUUGGGGAGGAAAAUAUGAAACCGAAAUAAUCCCUUGUCAACCUGCUCAAACUUAUCUCCAACAAAACUACCCCCAAGAUGGAACUUGUCAAAUAAGGGAUGAGAGUGUAUAUACCAGAGCCGAAAUAACAAAGUUAUAUAUAAAUCAAAAAGGCUUGGAAGGAGAAUUAGACCUAUCUGAUUUUCCGAAUUUAGAGAUAUUAAAUUGCUCUUAUAACUGCCUCACUAAGUUAAAUGUAAAUAAUUGUAAGAAAUUAAAGUCAAUUUAUUGCUUCAAUAACCAACUCACUACUCUUAAUUUGAGUAAUUGUGAACAGUUAGAGACACUUGAUUGCUCUAAUAAUUACCUCACUCAAAUAAUUUAUCCCACUAAUCUUGAAAAAUUAACUAAAUUAGAGAUAAACAAUAACAAUCUCCCUACUUCUGACCUCACUAUUUUCA